AUGAAAGUCGCCGCCGAGCUUUCCAUCCGCAUCCUCACCCACAACAUCCGCUAUGCAACUACCGCCCCCUUCAAGGGCGAACGGCCCUGGGCCGAGCGUAAACAGCUCCUCAUAAACGAGCUCCUCUUCAACACGCGCAACCAAAACUCUUUCAUCUGUCUCCAGGAAGUGUUGCACAAUCAGCUUGUCGACGUCCUGUCCGGCCUCAACAGCAGCCCCACCACCAGCUGGGACUACAUCGGGGUCGGCCGCGACGACGGGUACCAAGCAGGCGAGUACUCCGCCAUCAUCUACCAGCCGCAACACUGGGAGAUCAACCACUGGGAGACGGUGUGGCUCUCAGAGACGCCGGACGUCCCCAGUAAGAGCUGGGAUGCGGCGUCGAUCCGCAUCGUGACGAUCGGAGUGUUCACGCACCGCGCCAGUCGCCAGACCGUGCUGGCGAUGAACACGCACCUAGACGACCAGGGCGCGCGGUCGCGGCUCGAGGCUGCGCGGAUAAUCCUGCGGAAGAUCAGCCAGUACUCCGCUGGCGACUACGGCGACGACUUCAUCGAUGGGGUGUUCCUAGCGGGAGACUUCAACAGCCAGGAUUUCGAAGAGGCGUAUGUCGAGUUGACGGCGCCCGGGUCGCCGCUGGCUGAUGCAGCCGUGUUAGUCCCGGCGGCUGAGCACUAUGGGAAUCAGCUUACCUGGACGGGAUUUGGGUAUGAGGGACAGGAUCCGACGCGGAUCGACUAUGUCUUGCUUGGGAAUGGGACGGCGGGUGGACAGGCCUGGACGGUGGACGGGUAUGCUGUGCUGGCGAAUCGGUUCGAUGAUGGGGUGUAUAAUUCCGACCAUCGCGCUGUUGUGGUGGAUGGAAGGUUACUCUUGGUUAGGGAUAUGGAUUCGCGUUGA